AUGUCACUACCACCAGCAGCACGACGUACCGGCUCCGUGUGCGUGCCUCCCACCACUACCCUCGCCAUCAUCGACAUCAUCACCGCCACUCGUCUUCCUUCUGCUAUUGGUGCGCGCAGGUGGAGUCCUGACCUUGGGCGAUUUGAGGAGGAUCGUGAAUGUGCGGUUGCUGCUGUUGCUACCGUUGCUAGAGAGACUAUACUGCACCAGUUUUACGAGGAAGAAUGGGCGUCAUCUCUACCACCAGAUUGA